AGUUCACUUCGAUACAAUGGCAGAGGGAAUACAGCCGAAACUACCACUUCCACCGUUACGUUUAACGGCUCACCCCGAUAGAAAGCCAAGGAAAAGAAAGCCGGAGGCAGAAAAGGCUGCGAUGAAAAAGGCUCGGGAUAAAGCAAGAGGUCAGACGAGAGUCGACAUCGGUGCGGCAUUUUCUCGGUGGAGACAACUGAGGCAUCUGAAGGGCUUGAAAAGUGACGCAGAGGUUGCUCUCUUUCUGUUGGACAGAGAUGUAGCCCUUCCUGAGCUUGGUGUUCAGCCACGGAUUGGAGGGGGUGCUCUGGACUCGAGCGUGCACUCCAUGAGCUGUGUAAAAGAAGAGCCUCAGGACUCUCCAGAUGAGGGGAAGGCCAGUGAUUUGAGGAAUACCACAACUGAUGGUGCCAAAACACACCAGCUUCUUAACAUGAGCGUGACUGAAACCCCCAAUCCUCCUGACCAUGAAUCAGCAGUGUUUGCAGAACAGCAAAGAGUUGUUUCAGAUAUGGAGAUGUGUCCAAGUAAUCGCUCUGUUUGGAACUGGAAGUCACAGCCCACAUUAACGAACAAUUUACCGGCCGGUGACGUCACGUUGGCCUCCAACAACUGUUUUUCUGGUGAUGGAAACGGACCUCGUCUUCUACAUGAGACCAAAGAAACUCACUUGGCAGCUAAUCACACCCAGACGUCUCUCUGUGAGCAAACACCACCACCUUCAGAAACUGAUCUCAGUAAUCACUCAUGCAAGAUAGUUGUCGAGGUCGAUGACUGCGAUGAACUUCCACCUGCAACACAGGACCAGGAUCACAACACAGCUAUUGCUGAAGAUGAUGAGACCAAGUGCACAGAAGAAGACACCGAAGGCCUUUCAUCUUCAGAGGACGAAUUGUCAGAUGAUAGUGAUGAUGAAGACUACAUUCCCUCUUUGAGUGUUUGGAGAGGUGGUUCUAACGUGCCUAAAAUACGCCGGGAUUCACGUAAACCCGUCAGCAUGGAGAAAACUGCAUGUGAUAAUGCACACAUAGAGUCAAAAGAACAAUCUCCAGUCCUGCCCUCCAGUCAGGAUUUAUUUGGAGUAACUUCAGUCUUAGGCUGUGAUGAUGACAGUGUUGAUGACGAUGCUGUGGGAAACAAGAAUUCAAGCUCCAAUGAGGAGCCCUUGAAAGAAAAGUCAGAGGAGCGAAAUUAUUCACGCAAACGCUCGAAGACGUAUAAGUGUCCAACGUGUGGGAGACUGUGUCCUUGCAGCUAUACACUUAAACGCCACCUUGUAAUUCACUCAGGGGAACGACCCUUCAGGUGCUACAUAUGUGGGAGAGGAUUCACUCAGAACGGAAACCUCAAAACACACAUGAAAGUUCACAAAGGAGAGUCUGCGUGGUCGUUAAUUCAAGAGAAGAAACCUCCAGUUGAAUCUCCUGAAAUCGUCAACGUGUGUAAAGAGUGUGGAAUGGUUUUCCCUGAGAAACUUCAGCUGGAAGAACACUACCAAAGUCACCAGCUCAUGAAAUGUAAAGUCUGUGGAAAGACCUUCAAAAGUGAGAAGUCUUUGAAAGUGCACGAACACAUUCACUCUCAGGAUUCAUUUAUUCAUUGUAGAGUGUGCGGGAAGCGCUUCCCUACAGAAUUCUGCCUCAAACAACACAUGUUGAUACACAGUGCUAAAAAGAAAUUCAAAUGUGACCAGUGUGAUCGGGCAUUUAGAACAUCCACGGCGCUGAAAUACCACCUUAAGACGCACACAGGCGAGCGGCCUCACCUCUGCUCCAUCUGUGGGAAAUGUUUUACCAAACGAUUUGCUCUUAAACUUCACCUGCAAAAUCACACCGGUGAGAAGCGUUAUGUUUGUGAGCACUGCGGAAAGGGCUUUAUGUAUUCCCAAAGUCUUCAGUGCCAUUUGCAAUCGCACAACAAGAAGCCCAGAGAGCGGACAAAGCCGUUGGGUCGACCAAAAAGACAAGAGGAAACUGCAAGUAAUCAGUAAUCCAAUGUCGAGAUUUACAUUCUGCACAUGUGCCAGUGCUGCUGUUAUCAGAGGCAGUGGGAAUGAAUGAAUGAAUGAAUGUC